CACAGACUCAUUUAGAGCCUGACGACUUCCUGGAGGGAUGGAUGAACACUUGUGAUCUGGGACAUUGCACUUAAGAUCACACGCAUGCGCGAUCCGCCUUCAUUAAGGGAGCCACAAGGGCAGUAUGGUUUGGUUUUUAACUCCUGAGCGCUCAAAGUGUUUUAUACAGUGGUGGGAUGGACGUGCAGCUGUUGAGACAGCGCCCGUCAGAGUGAAACUACCUCCCAUUGAGUCAUCCCAGCUCCGACGCUCCUUCCACACCGGCUCCGCCCCGCUAUUCCCGAUAGAGCCACCGACACGUCGAGGGUGAUCCUGGUGACUUUGUGUCCCCUGUCGUGUGAUCCUGAUUAAUAUUUCUUCUUCUUCUUUUUGAUAUUGGACUAUUCAUCGCCCGAACAUCAACCAGAUUUUGAACUCUUAUCAGACAAGAUUUCUUUUUCUUUACUUGGAGAAGCUACGAGAGGAUCGUGGGAGCUGACGCGCUGCCGGAUCAACUGGAAUAAGCGCUCAGAUUCCUGAGGACAACAUGACUUUACCUCAGGAGCUGUUUGUUUUUCUAACAUGCAGCGCCGUGACAUUGGUAUUCCACUGUGAGGCAGAUCGCCUUCCUCCACCGACAGAGCUGUCAUAUGAAUGGCUGGACCCGUUUACUGUCAACGUGUCCUGGCUGAAGCCCACCGGUCUGCUGGACAACUGUGACAUUGAAUAUGAAGUACAGUCCUUGAAGGACACGAAUCCUAGACGCACAACCUUGACAAAUAUCAGAUGCACUUGUAUGACAGAAGACAUGGAUUCUGACGGUUGCAAGUAUACCAUUCGUACUGUCAGCAAAAAUCCCUCUGACAGGAAUGGGAGCACACCUGUGACCAUAACCACUAAGGCCCCUAAGCCUCAAGCUGAAGUGGUGAAGGAUUUCAAAUGUCUCACCUACCCCAAUGAAAUGAACUGUUCCUGGAUCCCAGUAAAUUCAUCUCUUAAGCUGAAGCUCUCCUAUAGGAUUUGUGGAAAUUCUGAAGUGGGAAAACCUUUAAAAUCGUGUGACAAGUUUUACAGUGAUGAGAAGAGGGGCAAUUGUAACCUGAAAGGUGCCAUUUACGAGAAAGAUAUCUGCAUGUGUGUGGAAACUGAAGCUGGAAGGAGCACCUUUAAACCUUCAUUUGUGCUACCUUUGCGAAAUAUGAGUGUCACAAAAGAAGGAGAUAAGCUCAAACUAAGCUGGACACCUCCAGAGAUCGGAAAGACUUGUCACUGGAUAUACGAGGUCUGCUACGGACGAUGCAGUGAGCCCAUGGAAUGCAAGAACAUCACUACACAAGAUAAGCAUUUCAUGGUGGCCUACGAUAAAAGAUGCCGCUAUGAGUUCAAAUCCAGGACCAUGAACAGUAUCUAUUGCACUGCAAUAAGAAGUGACUUCACUGAAGUUGUAACUUAUGGUACUAAUGAGCCUCCUGAUGGGACACUGACUGUGGUAGCCAUUGUCAUCCCUGUCAUUCUGUCCAUCUGCGUCAUUUUGUCCUGUUACUGCUUCAGGAGGCACAGAGCCAUUAUUUGCCCCAUCAUACCAGAUCCUUCAGCAAUAUUCAAGGAAAUGAUGAUGAACGGAAACAAAGAACUCAAGACUCCACCGGGGAAUCUGUACACACCGGUGCCAGAACCCAUUGAACCCUGUAAAAUUACCCUUGUGCCUGAAAACAGUGUCCUCCAGCAAAAUUCCUGACAUAUACACGUAGACAGCAAUGCCUGCAGUGCUGCUGGACUUCUACUCCGGACAAAUUCAUCUGGAACAUUUACUGAGUAACAACACCAGGCUGGAAAGCUUUGUUUGACUGAACUCUAUAGGUUGAAAGUUUCAAGUCUGUUGCACAUCUGACAGGUGUGGUUAGGAGUGCACUCUGUUGCACAUGCGCUAUACACACCCGAGUACAAUUCUACAUCUCCAUCUCAGCAGCUAGAUGAGAACUUGAACCACCAGAGAUCCGCAAAAACAAGAUUUUCAGCUGCUAUUAAGUUUCUCUCUAAGGCAAUGCAGAGGUAUGUUCCUGUGUUGGGACUGGAUUAAAUGCCCUGUAUCGUUGGAACUACCUUAAAAAAGCCGCCAAGCUCUGGGACCCGGAAAUACAAACAGGACAAGACACUUUGUCAUGGCUGCCUUGUGCUGAUAGCUUCCUGUUGAGGACUAUGGAGGAAGAUGAGGAUGAGGGCAGGGUGUGUUUGGCUGACUGCAUAAAUGGUCCAGCAGAAGCUGUAUCUACUGGGAACUGUACUAGUGGAAAUCUGCCAUGCAAAUGAAAGAGCUCAGAAGUGCAAAAACCCCCCCAAAAAAACAAAAAACAAGGAUGACUGUCAUCAUGGCAGCUAAACAAUAGGCAGGAAGCAAUAAUGAAGUGGUGGGAAAGCACAUGCUUCUUAUCACUUGAAAUGAACCCAAGACUUUACAGGAGGCCAAGAGCUGCCUUGGCUCUCCUGAACUCCACACAUGAGGAAAACAGCUUGUUUGCUCUUGUUUGCAUGAAUACAAACACUGUCUUCUAAGGAUACUACUACUGAUGGUGUGACUGCAUGGCAGGAAGCACAGGGUCAGUGUUGGGAGACCUUUUAUCCCAUCGAAAAGACGCUGCAAGAGACUUCAUCUCUUAUGUAAAAUUUGAUAAAGAGGUAUGGCAAUGGUGAAAUUUUGAGUAUCUAAUCAUAGAACAAAACUCCUAACAUCUUCACUUCUGCUGUUCACCCAUUAUUAGUGCAUGCCAAGAGGAAUUACACUUUGUUGUCAGUCAGGAAAUUUGCAUGCACUCUGUUGGCAGACACUGGUAGGUACUGACUGCCACAUUUACUGUAGACAGACAAACUUGCAUAUUUUGGAUGGAAAUAAUCAUUUUCUUUAAAGAGUUAAUCUGAAACGUCUCUUAAAAAUGGGACCCUGUGGUGUUCAGAAGUGUUUUCAACCUUUGUACACAGCUCAUGCUCUUUUGGAAAGAGAACAGUGAUAUAGAAUUGUGUAGCUUACAUUAAACUGAUUACAACUUUGGUGUCUGUCUGUAGUGGCUAUUUGUUGAAAAGAUUUUCUCUGUUAGGUUGUGUUCAGGCAAUUAAGAAAUCCAUUGUUCAGGCAAGAUUCAUGUUUAGGUUGAUUUAUUUUCCAGUUCAAAAGCAAACAUACAUGAGUUCAUUAUGCCGCCUCUCUCUUGCUCUGUUUAAAAACCAUGUCCCUUCCUGGUACAUCACCUGACAUUGAUACACCAGCUAUCUUUAUUCUUUAAGGACCAGUGUGUAGGAUUUAGUGACAUCUAGUGGUGAGGUUGCAGAUUCCAACAAGCUGAAUAACCCUCCCCUCUGCCUCCAAGCGUGAGGGAGAACCUACGGUGGGCAUGAAACUUGUGGAAAUUGUGAAAGGCCCUCUCCAGAUCCAGUGUUUGGUUUGUCUGUUCUGGGCUACUGUAGAAACAUGGC